AUGACAGCAUCAACUGAGCGAAUACCGUCUAUGAAGAUGAUUUAUGUGAAUACCGCAAGCCUGGCGAGACCCGGUGUGGGCAGUUCAGCGAUUGCCGGUGACGGUUCCAUUCGAUCAACGAGGAUGUCAAACGGUUUAAUCGGUAUGAUUAUCAUUUCGGCUGUGCUGGCUGCAAUCGCUCUUAUAUUGAUCACUUGUUACUUGAUGCUGCGAUACUGCAAUAGGCCCAGCCGCAACACGAAGAACAACGCUGCGUUACCAGAUUUUUAUUCGUCGGCCGAUGUCAUUCCAUAUCCGAAACGAAUCUACGAGCUACAGGCAGAGGAAGGUGAGUGA